CGCACAGCAGACGUACAACGAGAACGUCCGGAGGUCAAAGGUAACGUUCGUAUUUGAAAACAUGGAUUCCAAAAGAGGAGAUGAAGCAACAGGCAAGACGAGUGACGAUGGAGACAUUGCAUCUGUCAUGGGAUUCUCUGGGUUUGGUAAGAAAGCCCGCACAUUUGAUCUUGAUGCCAUUUUUGAGCAGACCCGGCGAACAGCCAUCGAGAGGAGUCAGCGUGUGAUAGAGGAGCGGCAGAAGGAGAUAGAAAUGGAGGAGGAGGGGGAGAGCUCCAAGUCAGUCAAACCGUCAGUCCAGAGUCAGAGAGGAAAAGCUGCUUCUUCCAGAGUCCAGAAGAGCGACAGCAGCAGUGACAGUGGCUCAGAUUCUGAUUCAGACUCAGAGCUUAUCGGGCCACCGGUGCCUCCUCAGCAUGCAGCUCAGCAGGGCGAUGAUGAUGAUGAUGAGCACGUAGGGCCACCUCUUCCACCAGGUUACACAGGCAGCACGGCUCACAGUGAUGAUGACGAUGAUGAAGAAGGAGAGGCACAAGAUGACGACGAUGAUAAUCCAGUGAAAAAAAUUCCAGACACUCAUGAGAUCACGCUGCAGCAUGGCACUAAAACGGUGUCGGCUCUUGGCUUGGACCCCUCUGGAGCCCGCCUGGUGUCUGGUGGAUAUGAUUAUGAUGUUCGAUUCUGGGAUUUUGCUGGGAUGGACCAGGCUCUGCAGGCCUUCAGAUCUCUGCAGCCUUGCGAGUGCCAUCAGAUCAAGGCCCUGCAGUACAGCAUCACCGGUGAUGUCAUGUUGGUGGUUUCGGGCAAUGCACAGGCCAAGGUGUUGGACCGUGAUGGCUUCAGUGUCAUGGAGUGUGUGAAAGGAGACCAGUACAUUGUGGAUAUGGCUAACACAAAGGGCCACACAGCUAUGCUUAAUUGUGGGUGCUGGCAUCCCAAGAUUAAAGAAGAGUUCAUGACCUGCUCCAAUGAUGGCACUGUGCGCACAUGGGACCUCAAUUCAGAGAAGAAGCACAAGUCUGUGUUCAAGCCUCGCUCCUUCCAGGGUAAGAAGGUCAUCCCCACAUGCUGCACCUACAGCCGCGACGGGAAGCUCAUCGCAGCGGGCUGCCAAGAUGGCACUAUCCAGAUCUGGGACAGAAACCUCAGUGUUCAUACAAAGUUCCACUGUCGGCAAGCCCACACCCCAGGAUCGGACACCUCGUGCCUCAGCUUUUCUUAUGAUGGCACGAUGCUUGCUUCACGUGGAGGCGAUGACACUCUCAAGAUGUGGGAUAUACGCAACUUCAGGAAGCCAGUGAAUGGAGUUAGUGGUCUGACCAACUACUUUUCCAUGACCGACUGCUGUUUUAGCCCAGAUGACAAGCUUCUGGUGACGGGGACGUCGGUGAAGAAAGAUGAAGGAAAUGGGAAGCUUGUUUUCUUUGACCGCAUUUCGUUUCAGAGGGUCUACGAAAUAGAUGUCACCAACGCAAGUGUUGUCCGCUGCCUGUGGCACCCCAAACUUAACCAGAUAAUGGUGGGAACUGGAAAUGGGCUGGUUAAGGUGUAUUAUGACCCCGUUAAAAGUCACAGGGGGGCUAAGCUGUGCGUAGUGAAGAGUAAGCGCAAAGAGAAACAUGCAGAGGCUCUUACACAAGACUACAUCAUCACACCUCAUGCCUUACCCAUGUUCAGAGAGGCCCGACAGCGCAGUACACGCAAACAGCUGGAGAAGGACAGACUUGAUCCAAAGAAAUCCCACAAACCCGAGCCUCCGGUGUCUGGACCAGGCCGAGGAGGCAGAGUCGCAGCUCACGGUGGCACGUUGUCGUCAUUCAUUGUGAAGAACAUCGCAUUAGAUAAAACGGACGACAGUAACCCGCGAGAGGCCAUCCUGCGUCAUGCCAAGGAAGCAUCAGAGAACCCUUAUUGGAUUGCUCCAGCAUACACAGAGACCCAGCCAGAGCCCGUGUUUGCAGAGGAAUCAGAGGAUGAGGAGCCCGACCAGGAGCCAGAAUGGAAGAAACGCAAAAUCUGAGAGACUUCAGUGUCAGUUCAUUUUAUACAGGACAGCUGACACGGUGGGCAAUUAGUCGCAAGACAGAAUUAUUGUUGAGUACUCAGCAAAGGAGCAUCAAUUAUGUUCCUAAAUUGUACAGUAUCUGUCCCCCUGACAACGCUGUGAAGCCUUUAUGUGUAUAUAUGUGCACUCUUCUGUGUUAAGGGGAAACCCAUAAAUCAGAAAGGAUUUUAUCAUAAAUAUCAUUUUCUUUAGGCUUAUGGUCCUCUCACUGCAAUUCAUAAACUUCAUAAACAGUGGAAAAACUUGGCUUUUUACGUCUGUUUAGAUUGUAUGUACUUUAUUUUCAUCGCUCCCAUUGUCCUCUCACCCCACAUCUCCAGCGUUUGCUAAUGCCUCGUAAAUCGGCUCCAGAUUUUGCGGUCUAGAGCUGUUUGUCAUUACGAAGAACAGUUUGCCACUUUGUACAAAGUAAAUUACUAAGAAGUACAAAAAAAAAAUCCAUCCAAAUUUACUUUGAGACGUUUUAAAGGCUUUAAUGUUUCUACAGAUGUACUUUUUUGGUGGGUUGCGACAAAACUUUAUCAAAUCAUCUGUUUAUUUUAAUUAAAUUUUUUUUUUACACCCACCUAACGCCUUAAUAAAAGACUUGCAUCCAAA